AUGGCGUCCGAAGAAGAAGAGCCCGUCCCACCACGACCCCCUUUGCAGCCGACGUCGCGUAAACUCCACUCGAAUCCCUUCUCCUCCACCUUUCACUACUUCACCGACCCGCUGUCCUACACCGUCUCGAGCGUGGUCCGGCGGCUGUCAGAGGAUGAUGCACCCACACCGGUAGCAAGAGCACUGAGUGCCAACUACAACGAACCCCUGUACGACCCGAAUGCCGUGGUGUUCAACCCUCCCCGACGACCGUCCCCCUUCCAGCCUCCGCCACUGACCCCCCUCGAACUCCACGGAUACAAGAACAGCACGAGACGAGAAGGCAGAUUGCUCAGCGUGUUGCUGGCGGAGGAAGUGCGGUUAUUGGUCCCCGCACGCCUACAACUAUGUGAGAGCUGGAAAUUGGUGUAUUCGCUGGAGCAGGACGGCAGCACCCUCUCCACCCUCUACCACCUCUGCGACCAGCACCGCGGCAAGCGAGGAGGAUUCGUGCUCGUCGUACGCGAUUCCGCCGGAGGCAUCUUUGGCGCAUACCUCUCCGACCCUCCCAAGCCGCAGGCCCACUACUUUGGCUCGGGCGAGUGCUUUCUAUGGCGGGCCCAAGUCCUCCCUUCCCUCCUGGACCUCUCCAACCUCCCACCAUUACCCAGCGAAGACACCACACACGCACAGCGCAUGACGACGGUGGGGAUCCAGCGAUCUCCGACGCCGAAUCUCAAUGUACCGACCAACGGCGCCGCCAAAACGAACGGCCAUCAAUCGGGGACCUCAACGCCGGGAGAUCGAAUACGCUUCAAGGCGUUUCCCUACACCGGUGAAAACGACUUUACCAUCUUCUGCCAGCAGGAGUUUCUGAGUUUGGGAGCGGGUGAUGGACAUUACGGGUUGUGGGUGGAUGGGAAUCUGGGCAAGGGCGUGAGCCAGACUUGUCCAACGUAUGGGAACGAGGCGUUGAGUGAUGAGGGGAUCAAGUUUGAUGUCCUUGGGGUGGAGGUGUGGUAUGUUGGGUCCUGA